AUUCUUUGCAUCUCCUAUUAGAAUCUUAACUGAAUGCUUUUCAAUAGUGUUUGUGCUUUCUUAUAAACCUGAAUUGUUUUGUGAGUUGCUAGGCGUUUUUAUUGUCGAUACUUUUAUAUUGAUAUUGAUAUCAAUGAAUAAAAUGAUGAAUUCAAGUUUACCAAUAUUCUCAACAAAAUCAGAUAUGGCAUUGUCUAAUCUCCUCUGUCAUUCCAGAAAUUGCGAGGCAUCGUCAAAAUCCUCUUUGAAGCCAGAGGAGAACGUAAUUGUAAUAAACGUCUCUGGAAAACGAUACGAAACUUUUCUCACAACGAUAGAGCGUUUUCCGAACACGUUACUUGGAAACCCCGAAAAAAGAAAGCAUUUUUAUAACCUAGUAAAACACGAAUACUUUUUUGACCGACACAGGAAGGCUUUCAGUGGCAUUUUAAAUUAUUACCAAUCUAAUGGUUUACUAGAGAAACCGGAAGAGGUUUCAGAAAAAAUAUUUACCCAGGAACUUAUAUUUUUUGAGCUUGUAGAAACGAAGCUACAUUGUGAAAAGUAUAACUCAUCAGCUUUUCAGGAAGAGUUACAUGUACCAUCUAACCCGAUUUUAAAAACAAUAUGGAUUAUGUUUAAGUAUCCAAAAUCGUCAAGACUUGCUCAAUUUUUAGCAAUUUUUUCUUUGACAAUAAUACUACUUUCAAUCGUAAUAUUCUGCAUACAAACAAUUCCUUCUUUGAAUCCUGAUAAUAAAGAAGGCGAACAUAUGAAAACAACAUGGCUGGUUAUUAACUCUCUUUGCAACACUUGGUUCACAUUGGAGUAUCUCUUACGUUUCCUUGCUGCACCUGAUCGUCUUUAUUUUGCUCGAUCGAUUUUAAACAUUGUUGAUUUAAUAUCAAUAAUACCGUUUUAUUUGGAGUUUGCAUUUGAUUCUAAAAGCUCAGCGAACUAUAUAAUAUGUCUCAAAGUCAUUAGAAUACUGUGCGUAAUUAGAGUAUUUAAACUUUUUAGGCACGCGCGUGGUCUUCACCUUCUUGCUAACACGAUAAAAGAAAGUUCUGAAGAGCUUUUUAUGCUUGUUAUGUUUCUUGCAAUCGGUGCAAUAUUAUUUGCAAGCGCUGCCUAUUUUGCAGAAGGAAAAAUAAAUCCAGAUUUUCAAAGCAUUCCUCACUCUCUUUGGUGGGCUGUAGUCACAAUGACAACUAUUGGUUACGGUGAUGUUGUACCUGUAACUUUUGCUGGUAAAAUGAUAGGAAUGUUUUGCUCCAUAUCAGGUGUUUUAGUGGUGGCUAUUCCAAUUCCAGUAAUUGUUAGCAAUUUCGAAUACUUUUACAAAGAGGAGCGUAACAGACGCACAAGACAAAAAGAGUUAUCAAAAUGCUUAAACCUCAUUAAAAAGAUACCAUCUUUAUAGAACUUAUACUCAUAUGAAAAAACUCGGUUUAAAAAAAGUCAGAAAGUGCAACCAAUAGAAAUAAAAUGCUCAAGAGUUUAUUAAUAAAACUUACAGUUAAAUAUAAAUUAAAUAUAGAAUUAUAGAUUCAUAUAUAUAAUAUACCUGUACCUGUACCUCGGAGGGAUACAACACUAUGUCCAUUUUCACAACUUUACAGGAGAGGAGUUUUAAACUUUUUUUCAACAAAAAGUGUUAUUGGCACAGCUAUUUAUUGAGAUGUUGAAACAAUA